CACGCGGCUAAAGAGUUCGAGUUCCCAACGUUACGGCAAUGGCUCACGGUUCCUGGCUCACGACAUGCUCCCCGUGGUCCGCGUUCGUGACGCUGGCCGCCCUGACCACCAGCCUGCUGGUCCUCAGCUACGUGUCGAGCUCCUUCCUCAACCAACCGGCGUACGAGUACGAUGAUCCCUACAGCCCGGACUCCGAAUCGUCGGCGGCGGCGUUGGUGCCGAGGCGGGGGCCGGGGUACCCGCCGGUGUUCGCGUACUACAUCACCGGCGGGCACGGGGACUGCCUCCGGGUGACGCGGCUGCUCAAGGCCGUGUACCACCCCCGGAACCGGUACCUGAUGCACCUUGACGCCGGGGCCGGCGCGUACGAGCGGGCGAGGCUGGCCAGCUACGUCCGGUCGGAGCAGCUGUUCCUCGAGUACGGGAACGUGCACGUCAUCGGGAAAGGGGACCCCGUCGACGGCCGCGGCCCGUCCUCGGUCGCCGCCGUGCUCCGCGGCGCGUCCAUCCUGCUGAGGGUCGGCGCGGAGUGGGACUGGCUCGUCACGCUGGGCGCCGCGGACUACCCGCUCGUAACGCAGGACGACCUGCUCGACGCCUUCUCCUCCGUGCCGAGGGACCUCAACUUCAUCGAUCAUAAGGCCGACUCCAAGAACCAGCAGGUGAUCGUUCUCGACCAGAAUCUCCUGCAGAGCACGAACGCCGAGAUGUCGUUCUCGGUGGGGCGCCGGGAGAAGCCUGACGCGUUCGAGCUCUUCAGAGGCUCUCCCUCCACGAUACUGAACCGGGCGUUCGUGGAGCACUGCGUGGCCGCGCCCGACAACCUGCCCCGAACGCUGCUCGUGUACUUCAGCAACACGCUCGACCCCACGGAGUUCUACUUCCAGACGGUCAUGGCCAACUCGCCCCGCUUCAGGAACAGCACCGUCAACCACACCCUCCGGUUCACCGUGCAAGAUGACCACGGCGCCGCGCCACCGCAGCAGGGCGUGGAGGGCCAGCACCGGUCGCGGUACGACGCGAUGGUGAGUAGCGGGGCCGCCUUCGCCGGGCGGUUCGGCGACGACGACGCGCUGCUGCAGAGGGUAGACGAGGAGGUGCUGCGGCGCCCUUUGGACGGCGUCACACCGGGCGAGUGGUGCUCGGGGAACGGCGAGGACGGCGAGUGCUCUGUCGGGGGCGACAUCGACGCAGUCAGGCAGGGCGCGGCGGGGCGGAGGCUGGCGAGUUUGAUGGCUGGUCUCCUGGGGCCCGGGCCGUGCGACGGAUGCAGGAGGUAGACCAGGCGCGCGCGCUGAGCAAGUGAGAAGUGAGAUCGAGCAGGAGAAAUC